AUGGUUGAUGAGAAGGCAUGGUUUCAGGUGAAGACUGUAGCCUUCACUAAAAGGCCAAAAAUCUCCCAAGUCGCCCUCACAGGAACACAGAUCUUCUGGACAGUCGAAGCCACUGCAGCGUUUGCGCGUCUCGAAGAAGGCUCCGAAAACGCACUGAGAGACUAUUAUCGAAAGCAGGUGCAACAAUUGAUCGCGCUUAUCUCCCUCCUGCUGGGGGAGCUGACGCAGCAGCAGCGUCAGAAAAUCAUGACCAUCUGCAUCAUCGACGUCCACGUGCGAGACGUGGUCGGGAGGCUCAUCAGCGGCAAGGUGGAGUCGGCGGCGGAGUUCGCGUGGCAGUCGCAGCUGCGCCACAGGUGGGACGAGGAGGAGGCCGACUGCUUCAUGGACAUCUGCAACGCCCGCAUGAAGUACGACCACGAGUACCUGGGCAACACGCCGCGCCUCGUGAUCACGCCGCUCACGGACCGCUGCUACAUCACCCUCACGCAGUCGCUGCACCUGGUGAUGGGCGGCGCUCCCUCGGGGCCUGCGGGAACGGGCAAGACCGAGACGACGAAGGACCUCGGCCGCGCCCUCGGCAUGAUGGUCUACGUCUUCAACUGCUCCGAACAGAUGGACUACAAGUCUUGCGGCAACAUCUGCAAGGGCCUGGCGCAGACCGGCGCCUGGGGCUGCUACGACGAGUUCAACAGGAUCUCCGUGGAAGUUCUCUCUGUUGUGGCUGUCCAGGUAAAGAGUGUGCAGGAUGCCAUCAGGAACAAAAAGAGGAAUUUCGACUUCAUGGGAGAGCCGAUCCGACUGACUCCUUCGAUCGGCAUCUUCAUCACCAUGAACCCAGGUUACGCCGGAAGGACGGAACUCCCGGAGAACCUCAAGGUUCUCUUCAGGCCAUGCGUGAUGGUGGUGCCUGAUCUGGAGCUCAUCUACGAGAUCAUGCUGGUGGCGGAAGGCUUUAUCGAGGCGAAGGUCCUCGCGCGGAAGCUCAUCACUCUCUACCGCCUUUGCCGCGAGUUACUAUCCAAACAGAGCCACUAUGACUGGGGUCUAAGAGCGAUCAAGAGUUUACUUGUGGUUGCCGGAUCUCUAAAGCGUGACGACCCUGAGCGCCCUGAGGACCAGGUGCUGAUGCGUGCCCUCAGGGACUACAAUGUAAAAAUCGUGACGGACGACGUGCCCGUGUUCAUGGGCCUCAUCGGGGACCUCUUCCCCGCCCUGGACGUUCCCUGUAAGAAGGACCUCGACUUCGAGAAGGCCGUCAAGCAGGCGGCGGACAGCUUCAUCCUCAAGGUUGUGCAGCUGAAGGAGCUCAUGGAGGUGCGUCACAGCGUGUUCAUCAUCGGGCAGACGGGCACGGGCAAGACGCAGGUGUGGCGCAUGCUCUUCAGGACGACGCAGAACAUGAAGAAGAAGCCCGUGUGCUACGACCUGAACCCGAAGGCCGUGACGACGGACGAGCUCUUCGGCUACAUCAACCCCGCUACCAGGGAGUGGAAGGACGGCCUCUUCUCUAACCUGAUGCGCGACCAAGCCAACAUGGCUGGCGAUGCUCCCAAGUGGAUCAUCCUGGACGGCGACAUCGACCCCAUGUGGAUCGAGUCCCUCAACACGCUCAUGGACGACAACAAGAUCCUGACGCUGGCCAGCAACGAGCGCAUUUCGCUGACGCCGCAGAUGCGCCUCCUGUUCGAGAUCAGCCACCUGCGCACGGCCACCCCGGCCACCGUGUCGCGCGCCGGCAUCAUCUACCUGAACCAGGGCGACCUGGGGUGGAACCCGUGCUACACAGUAGCUGACCUAGAAAUCUCACAUGGCUAUCCCCUCCUCCGCUUCAAGAGGAUCACGCCCAAGCCCGAGAUCAUGCACCUCGCCGUGUGGGCCUUCGGGUCGGCGCUCUACCAGGACGGAAACAUCGAUUAUCGUGUUGAGUUCAGCAAGUGGUUCCAGCUGGAGUUCAAGACGGUCAAGUUCCCGUCUUCAGGCACCGUCUUUGACUACUACAUUGAGAAGGAAAACCUCCGCUUCACGCCCUGGUCGGAGAAGAUGCCCAAGUUCGAGCUCGAUCCCGACACGCCGCUACAGUAUAUGGGAUUCGCUCGGUCCUCGGGUGUUGUCAAUGAGUCCUGGUUACUCGCUGUGAGUCCUGAAACCCCCCGACUCGACCCCCACGUGUCGGUGGCAAAAAAUAGGCCUCCGUCGGACAGGUCGUCUGGUGGCGCAUCCCCCUCCCUGCAUCUCCGUCCCCAACACCCGCCCUUCAGAAGCCCCUUCAGGACGCUGGGUCUCAUCCUCAAGGAGUUCUUGCUCCGUCGCGUACUUCUGCCCAGACGGCCGGUCUAA